AAUGUCAACACGGGUGAGCUAGCAGCGAUUAAAGUAAUAAAACUAGAACCAGGAGAAGAUUUUGCUGUUGUGCAGCAGGAAAUCAUUAUGAUGAAAGACUGUAAACAUCCAAACAUUGUUGCUUAUUUUGGCAGCUAUCUCAGACGAGACAAGCUGUGGAUUUGCAUGGAGUUUUGUGGAGGUGGCUCUCUACAGGAUAUUUAUCAUGUGACUGGACCACUUUCAGAACAGCAGAUUGCCUAUGUUAGCAGAGAAACACUACAGGGACUAUAUUAUCUUCACAGUAAAGGAAAAAUGCACAGAGAUAUAAAGGGAGCAAACAUUCUUUUAACAGAUAAUGGACAUGUAAAAUUAGCUGAUUUUGGAGUGUCUGCACAGAUAACAGCUACGAUUGCCAAAAGGAAAUCAUUCAUUGGCACCCCAUAUUGGAUGGCGCCAGAAGUUGCUGCAGUAGAAAGAAAAGGUGGCUAUAACCAGCUCUGUGAUCUGUGGGCCGUUGGAAUAACCGCUAUAGAGCUUGCUGAACUUCAACCUCCAAUGUUUGACCUACAUCCAAUGAGAGCACUUUUUCUAAUGACGAAAAGCAACUUCCAGCCUCCUAAAUUAAAGGACAAAAUGAAAUGGUCCAAUAGCUUCCAUCAUUUUGUGAAAAUGGCACUUACAAAAAAUCCUAAAAAAAGGCCUACAGCUGAAAAGUUACUACAGCAUCCCUUUGUUACCCAGCCAUUAAAUCGAAGUCUUGCUAUUGAACUUUUGGAUAAAAUGAAUAAUCCUGAUCAUUCCACUUACCAUGAUUUUGAUGAUGAUGAUCCUGAGCCUCUUGUAGUGCCUCACAGAAUUCAUUCGACAAGUAGAAAUGUGAGAGAAGAAAAGACACGCUCUGAAAUAAACUUUGGUCAAGUGAAAUUUGAUCCACCCUUGAGGAAAGAGACAGAGCCACAUCAUGAAUUUCCUGACAGUAGCGAUUUUUUGGACAAUUCAGAAGAAAUAUACUACACUGCAAGAUCUAACAUGGAUCUACAGCUAGAAUACGGUCAUGGUCCCCAGUGUGGCUACUUCUUGGGUGCAAAUAAGAGUCUCUUAAAAUCAGUUGAAGAAGAACUGCAUCAGCGGGGACAUGUGGCACAUUUAGAAGAUGAUGAUGAUGCAGAUGAUGAUGCUAAACAUGCUACUAUGAAACCUAAAGUGCCACCUCCUUUACCACCAAAGCCUAAAUCCAUCUUUAUCCCCCAAGAAACUCAUUCUUCUGAAAAUGAUAAUCAAGGGACUAUCAAGAGAUGCCCAACAUCAGAGAGUCCAGCAAAAUCUGCAUCUCAGGUUCCACCCAGGCCACCACCUCCUCGGUUACCUCCACAGAAAUCUAAUGCUUUAGGUAAUGGAGUCACUUCUGUACAAUUAAACGGUGAAAGAGAGGGAUCACCGCAUCAACAGAAUGAAGCUAGAGACACUAAUUUUUCAAGGAAAGAAAAGAAGGAAAUACUGAAACCAGUUAGUAAUGGUCUUCCUCCCACACCUAAAGUACACAUGGGUGCUUGCUUUUCAAAGGUUUUCAAUGGCUGUCCAUUAAAAAUUCAUUGUGCAACAUCAUGGAUAAAUCCAGAUACAAGAGAUCAGUACUUGAUAUUUGGUGCAGAAGAAGGUAUUUACACACUGAACCUCAAUGAACUUCAUGAAACAUCAAUGGAGCAGCUAUUUCCUCGAAGGUGUACAUGGUUAUAUGUCAUGAACAAUUGCUUGUUAUCAAUAUCUGGUAAAGCUUCUCAGCUUUAUUCCCAUAACCUACCAGGACUCUUUGAUUAUGCAAGGCAAAUGCAAAAGUUACCCGUUGCUAUUCCAGCACACAAGCUCCCUGACCGAAUACUUCCCAGGAAGUUUGCAGUGUCUACAAAAAUUCCUGACACGAAAUGGUGUCAGAAGUGUUGUGUUGUGAGGAAUCCCUACACAGGCCACAAGUACCUUUGUGGAGCGCUACAGUCUAGCAUUGUUUUGUUAGAAUGGGUUGAACCAAUGCAAAAAUUUAUGUUAAUCAAGCACAUAGAUUUUCCUGUACCUUGUCCGCUGAGAUUGUUUGAAAUGCUGGUAGUCCCUGAGCAGGAAUUCCCUUUAGUUUGUGUUGGUGUCAGUAGAGGAAGAGACUUCAACCAGGUGGUGAAGUUUGAGACUGUCAACCCAAAUUCUACCUCUUCAUGGUUUACAGAAACAGACACUACAGAGACAAGUGUUGUACAUGUAACACAGCUGGAGAGAGAUACCAUUUUGGUGUGUUUGGAUUGCUGCAUAAAAAUAGUGAAUCUGCAAGGCAGGUUAAAAUCCAGCCGCAAACUGUCAUCCGAGCUCACGUUUGACUUUCAGAUUGAAUCAAUAGUCUGUCUACAAGACAGUGUGUUAGCAUUCUGGAAACACGGCAUGCAAGGAAGGAGUUUUAGAUCAAAUGAGAUCACACAAGAAAUUUCUGAUAAUACGAGGAUAUUCAGGCUUCUGGGAUCUGACAGGGUUGUGGUGCUGGAGAGUAGGCCUACGGAUAACCCAACAGCCAACAGCAAUUUGUAUAUCCUGGCAGGGCAUGAGAACAGUUACUGAGAACAGCGCGUGGCCGGCGGCUCACUGUGACGAGAGAACACUCCUGCUGCUGCAGGGUUCACGGCUGGCUGAAACUGCACAACAGCUGCAGUAACCCCACUUCAGUUACUUUAUAAUUUAUUGUGGCAUGAGAGGAAGAUGAGAAUUGUUUGUGUUAUGGACACAUGAGCAUUAUGAUACCACAGAAAUACUUUAUUUACUGUUAUGUAAUCUCUGUACAUAUGCAGUAUUUUUCAGUGAAACUUCUUGCUGAAGACCUACACUGACUUUCUGUAGAUAGCGGUCCUCCUGUUGAGUACAAGUGUCUUACCUGUACAGAUGUAAAAGUCACCGAGGAUACAAAAAAUGAAAUUAGGGUACUAUUUCAAGGACUUCUCAUGUUUAUUAUAAAGUGGGAUGCUAGCAACAAACAUAGUAUAUUUAACAACACUAUUGUAUUUUAUUAUGUGUAAUUUACUAAUACAAAUAAAUCUUAACUUUUAGAAAUUG